CCACACGCGUGGCCACGGGGCCGAGUUCUUCCUAUUCCGUUGAGCGCGACAGGUCCGUCGCAUUUACCAUCAUCCGGUCCCAAAGCUCCUGCAUGUAAGUCGACACAACACCAGUUGCUUAUCGGCAACGCAUCAACCCUUCGCAAUGCACGGCAAAUAAUUGCUCGGUCGCGCUUCGGCGUAAUUGCAGCACAUUGCCGUUGUUUGGGUACCCGUUGAGCGACACACCGAACUGACAAUGCCUUGCAGCUCGAUCACGCGCGCGCGCUACACGCCCGUUGCGUGUUCCUCAAUCCAGUGGCCGCGAACUAGUAUACUCUGCAGGUAGGGUGACGGCGGAGUGACGUGCCUGGACGGAAGCCCUCUGCUCCAACGCAACGCGAAGCUGUGCUCGAUCGCAGCCACCGCGUCACGAAUCUGGCGCCGGAAGCUUCCUGACAACCUUGUCGGGAUCGACCACCCCACACGUACUGGGCAUCAUGGGCCCUGAUCGAGAGGGCGAGCCGGACGAGGCGGGUGGCCUUACAUACCCGUCUCCGGGUGCGGAGACAAUGGAUGCAGGUCCUUUUUAUCAUGCAAAUGCCCGCGACGGAGCUCAUGAGCACACCGACCAACCAGAGCACCACGCAGAUCAGCAUGACCCCGAGGAGGUGCACACACAGGAGCAGGAGCAGGAGCAGGCUUCCAUGGCGGCGCAGGAAUCAGACACAUCGCACCAGCACGUAUCUCGGCCCACAAAUCUGGAAGAACUUCAGCUCGCUGCCCAGCUAGGGGAUGGUCUGGCUGGCACGUCCAUGAUGUCCAGUACCGAUCCUAGUAUGAAUGUUGAAGACCACAACAUGCGAAACAUCAUGCCCCAUCCCGAGCCAGAGCAACAUCAAGCCCCUCCGUACGUUCAAGACGCGAAUGGUACCGAUCACAUGGGCCAACAUCCUAUGCCGGUUCCAGUCGGCCCGCCAGUCCCGCCUCAGUAUCAGGUACAGGACAGUAUCCCCCCCCGGAAACGCUCCAAGGUAUCCAGAGCUUGUGAUGAGUGCCGGCGCAAGAAGAUAAAAUGCGAUGCACAGUCUGAUACAGGCGAUAGCCCGUGCUCUAGUUGUGCGCGAUCGUCUAUUCGAUGUCUCUUCAGCCGUGUGCCGCAAAAGCGUGGACCUAGCAAGGGUUACAUCAAAGAGCUUGCGGACCGCAUCCAUUCCAUCGAGAACAAACUUGAAUCCGAAGGGAACCUUUCCCAAGACGACAUAGACAAACUCUUCGCCUCAGAGCGCCCACGCAGCCACAGCCAGGUAGGCUCCGGCGAAGACCCGGGCCGGAAACGACCCUUCUCGAGUAUCUCCGUCGGCGACUUCAGCACACCGGUGGUCACUCGGCAAGCGCCGUGGGGCUCGGAGUCCCGAUCUCUCCAGCCAGCGUCCGCUACCUCAGACAGCUUUGCGAAUAACUACGCUAGCAACAAUGGUUUGGCGCCCCGACCAGAAUCCAUCAAACCUGACGAUGGAACGCCUUCAAAAACCCCAGUCGCAAGCAUGGACGCAUCCAUGACUGACGCCGAAGAGCUGCCUAGUAUUGAUGAGGCGGCGAUGGAGGAUUACCUCGCAAAUGUUCAGCCGUUGUAUCCGAUCCUGCCGAACAGCAUGGCAUCGAUGCAGUCGCUACUAGCCCAAUGCUCACCAACCUUGCGUACGGCGUUUUCCAUCGCGUUGUUAUGCGUGGGCCGGAGUAUGGCCGCAGAUGUGAAGCAGGCUGACGACCUGCUUGGUGAACUUGAGAGCUCCGACGAGCCAAGAACCCGGGCAUCCGAAAUUGUCCACGCGCAGACGCUUCUGUUGCUUGCUAUUGAUGCCGACUGGCGGUCGUCCCCGACGCUACCAUUCCUCCUAGGCCGGGCUGUUGCGCUGGCCAACUCGAUGAACCUAUGGCAAUCGAUUCCCGUUGACACGACGGAUGCGGACUCGGAAGACCAACUCCGUGUCAAGAUAUGGUGGACUCUGAUCCUGAUGGAUCGCUGGUACGCUGCGGGGACCGGCAAACCCGCCCUAAUACCCGACAACAGUGUUGUCGCCAGGCCCGGGCUACAGGCCACUGUGGGUGAGGUGUCUUUCCACUUCAUUCGACUUUCGAAACUAUUGAACAGAGUGGCAUAUGUGAUAUCAGCGCUGCCACCUGGCACGACUACGGCGGAGACACCCAUGGCCACGAUUCUCAACGAUUACAUCGAGAAUUAUCGGGAAGACCUCCCGCCACACGUGGAUGCUGCAUCCUACCCCUUGGUACACCUUGCCUACUGGCAUUGCCGUCUUCUGGUGACUCUUUUGACGCCGAGUGCGACAGCCGCGGAUACGAUGUGGCCGACCAAGGAGCUUGUCAAUUUGUUGUCCCUGAACGCCCAACUUCACAGCCCUCUCACCAAUCACUUUGUCUCCCUUGCGGCGCUCUCCCUGAGCCGGCUUGUGAAGUCUGACAACUCCCAUGAGGAGGCAGCACAGCUGAUCAAAGAGAUUACGGAGAAACCCGCCGGCGGCCACUGGGAUGGCGCCAAGGCCAAGCUGGCAGAACAGCUCCGGCCAACAUCUUCAGUUGAGGCGACGGCCAGCCAGGGCUUGCAACAUCUGGCAGAUCUAGCAACGGCACAUGAAGGUAUCGUACCCGGAGAAGGGGAGGUAGCUUUCGGGCCGUCAUUGACGUCUGGCUACCUGGAAGUUUCAUGAGAAGCCACUCGGCGUCAUCCACAAUUGUGGCUGUAAUUGCAACGACAGUGUAAGAUAUGAGGAGGGUCCCGGGUGUUUCGCGGAUGCGAGACCCACAGUCGGCUUAUUACCACUACCAAGACAACGACAUUGACAAAUGUUAUCUCCUUGGAGUUGAGCGAGAAGAAGGAAAGGAUGUAUUGUGCCCUGUCGCCGGUCGUGGGAUUGACUCGCAGAGACUGUGCCGAUAUUUGCAAUAAAAGUUGUCAUCAACCAGAGAACCUGUAA